AUGUCAAUACAUCCAUUUGAUGCCGUCAAAGAUUAUGAAGUAAGAUUAGCUGCUAAAUUAGUCAAAGAUUCUUAUCCAGCAUCUGCUAAUGUUCAUUUUUGUCAAAUUGAUAGAUUUGAUCCUCCAAAAGAAGAUAUGAAAAAAUAUAUCAUUGCUGAAAGGGAAGGUUUACCAUUACCAAGAAUUUCAAGAGUUUUAUAUUGUUAUUAUUAUACCAAUACAACUGAAUUUAACAAAGCUUUGGUUAAUGUUACUGCUGGUCAUGUCAUUACCAAAGUUCAACAACCAAAAGGUGUUGUUGGUCCAUUUUUACCAGAUGAUGUUAUUGAAAUGGAAGAAUAUAUUAUGAAACAUCCAAUUGUUUUACAAGAAAUUGAAAAAUUAAAAUUACCAAAAGGAUAUCAAGUUAGAAAUGAUCCAUGGAUUUAUGCAACUGAUGAUCCAAAUGAAAAAAGAAAUUUGAUCCAAUUUUAUAUGUAUGUUUUAGCUGGUAAUGGUCAUUCAGAAUCAAAUCAUUAUUCAUUACCAUUAAAAUUCUCUCCAGUUUUUGAACAAUUUACCAAAAAAUUUGUUAGAAUGGAUUAUUUACCAGGUGGUUUUGAUCAUACUACUGUUCCAACUCAACCAUGGCAACAAGUUCCAUGUGCUGAAUAUCAUCCAGAUUUAAAUGGUGAAAGUGAAAGACCAGGUAUUAAACCAUUACUUAUUCAACAGCCAGAUGGUCCGUCAUUUACCGUUAGAGGUAAUAAAAUUUCAUGGCAAGGAUGGGAAUUUAGAGUUAGUCCAACUGCAAGAGAAGGUUUUGCUUGUUAUGAUGGUUGGUUUAAAGGUAGACAAGUUUUCUAUAGAAUUUCAUUGAGUGAAAUGACUGUUCCUUAUGGUGAUCCAAGAGCUCCAUAUCAUAGAAAACAAGCUUUUGAUUUAGGUGAUGUUGGUUUUGGUAUGGGCGGUAAUAAAUUAGCAUUAGGUUGUGAUUGUUUAGGUCAUAUUAAAUAUUUUGAUGGUAUGGGUAUUCAUGGAAAUGGUGAACCAUAUAUUAUUCCAAAUACUGUUUGUAUGCAUGAACAAGAUGAUGGUUUAUUAUAUAAACAUGUUAAUUAUAGAAAUGAUAAUGCUGUUGUUGCAAGAAGAAGAAUUUUCAUUGUUCAAACAAUAGCUACUGUUGCCAAUUAUGAAUAUAUUAUAAAUUUGAAAUUUGCAAAUGAUGGUUUAAUUGAUAUUGAAGCAAGAGCUACUGGUAUUUUAUCAACUAUGCCAAUUGAUCAAGAUGUUAAAGUUCCAUGGGGUACAAUUGUUGCACCAAAUUGUAUGGCAGCUUAUCAUCAACAUAUUUUAUCAUUUAGAAUUGAUCCAGCUGUUGAUGGUCAUAAAAAUUCAGUUGUUUAUGAUGACGCAGUUAAAUUACCAAAACAUCCAGUUGAUAAUCCAUAUGGUAUUGGUUUUGUUACUGAUAGACAUUUUGUUGAAAAAGCAGGUCAUAUUGAACAAGCUCCAUUUAAAAAUAGAACUUAUAAAAUUCUUAACGAAAAUGUUAUAAAUCCAAUUGCAAAAACUCCAGUUGGUUAUAAGGUUCAAAUGCCAGCAAGACAAAUGUUAUUAGCUGAUAGAGAUUCAUUUAAUGCUAGAAGAGCUAAGUUUGCAACUGAACAAAUUUGGGUUACUAAAUAUAGAGAUGGGGAAUUAUAUGCAGCUGGUGAAUUUACUCAACAAUCUCAAAAAGAUACAGGUUUAGCUGUUUGGGCCAAUGGUGUUGAUAAUGUUAGAAAUGAUGAUAUUGUUGUUUGGGCAACCAUGGGUUUUACUCAUAUUCCAAGAGUUGAAGAUUUCCCAGUUAUGCCUGUUGAAAUUCAUAAUAUUCAAUUAGUUCCUGCUAAUUUCUGGGAUAAAAAUCCAGCAUUGGAUUUACCACAAGCAACAAAUGCUUUUAAUAAGUCAGUUUUAGUUCAGUCUGAAGAAGAAAAAUCUUGUUGUAAAUCAAGAAUAUAA